AUGGCCGAAACCACCGAUGAGCUCGUGUCCAGCCUAGGCACCUUGAGUGUAGACGACAAAAGCACCCAGCCUGCGGAGCCAACAUCCCUCCGUGCCAACUUCCCACUACCACGUGAACUACGCGAUCAUAUCUAUGGCUAUCUGCUCUCGCACGAGCACGUCCACGAGAAGCCAUGGUACACCCAUCCAAGCGAGCGCCGCGGCAAGUGGACGUCACCAGAGCGAUGCGAGGACGUACCAGUUCCAUCCCAACAUCCUGUCCGUCAACAAGGCAGUACGUCAGGAAGCUUUCGACGUAUUCGUCAAGAACCGAUUUGUGGUUGUGUCUUUCAAAUGGAAGCUGGCUUCCCAUGCCUUACACUGCUCCGGGAUGCCGAUCGUCACCGAGAACCAAUCUCACGUCGCGAAUUCAAGCAUUUCGUGCUUCGGGUACACCUCAAAGCACCUCCGGCCUACAAGACUACGAAGGACAAGAUCCAGUCGUGCCUGAUGCUCGGGAGCGAUUUGCCUGCGCUACACAAGGUGCUCCAAUAUGUGCACUACAUGAAUGAUUCGACAGCCGUGAUGGUCAUUGACCUGGCCGAUCGCAUCAGUCUAUCGACGGUCGCUGACAGCAAGACGAUUCUUCCUACCCUUACUUGCCGAUUUGAAGUUGCUGGACCCACCCGGCUUAACGGUGAUCAGCUUUCAUCGAUUCUCGCUGGGUUCAAAGAGGUGGUGCACGGAAAUCAGCAGGUGAACUUUUUGAACGUGCCGGAAUCGCACUCCGAACUGGUCGCGGCUGUGAAGAGGGUCAUGGCUCCACCAGCCGUCUGGGUGGACGCGAUGGCUUGGAAGAUGCAUGAAUCUCUCACGGCCUUCAAGGCUUCGGGGGACAGGCUGGCUCGAUCUGGCUGCAACAUGCAGGCAUCGGCAAAGUAUCGCCUCAUCUGUUCGAUCCUCGAUGCAUCAUUCGUCUUCCACGCGCCUCCAGAAGGGUACAUUUCCGAGUUCGGACAUGCUGCGACCGCACUCUUCGUUCUCAUGCUUAGCGCGACCGUCACGGAUGGUUUCCUCUGUCUAAGACGCGGGCAGGGAGAACAGAGAGUAGUUCGCCAUGCCCACGUAUUGCGCCUCAUGCUUGCACAGCUCUACGACAACUCUUUUCCUGACGUUAUGCGCAACACUCUCAUGUCAAUUUUGACGGGCAAUAGUCAAGCGUUGCACAUGGUGCACUGGUUCUUCACCCUCCAGGCAUUCCUAAUCCCGAAUCGCGACGUCCUGAAUGAGGGAGGAUCGCACACCAUAGUGGACAUGCACGCACUUCGAAAGUUCUUCUCUAACUCAGAGCACUUCCAGCGCGACUUGGAAGUAGUCAGCACGACUCUGAGCAAUCCGAAGAACCGCGACAGCUACUUUGCAAGGUCGGAGGGCACCUUCGCACACUUGUCAGAGAUGUGCUCUCUGGAAGACCUUCCCACGCAGAUCCUCGACAUUUGUCUUCCACCUGAGUUCAAGAAGCCAGAAGGGAUGGAGGGAUUCAUCAACAAGACCAGUCUGGCUGCGAUAUGGGCGUUCGAUCCCAAGACGGCAGCAGAGCUGGAAGGUGUGGACGUCCCUGAGCAAGACUCUUGA